AUGCAACUCUCCGUGUUUACGUACCUGUCCCUGUCAGUGGCCGGAUUCGCGGCUGCGCACUCCUGGGUCGAGUGCGUUGACUUCGACAAGGCCCCCCAGAUAAAAUUGAUGGAAGAGGGCGCCAAGAAGAACCCCGUUGAUCCCGCCGAUCCUGUCUUUCACCCCGAGUUCUGUAAAGGAUGGCCCCGCGCAAAGGAUAACCCGGGCAACUGGCAGGUGGAGGGGACAACCAUUGCGUGGAACAUCAAUGCCGCGGUCUUCUUGAACGACCGCAGUGCCUGCAGCCCGCCGCAGCGGGAGUUCAAGCCGCAGGGGCCGAACACCCCCAUCGCCACCGCCAAGGCCGGCGGCACCAUCACGCUGCGCUACGGCGGCAACGGCCACUCACGCGGCAAAGGCGCCAACGGUAACGGUGACCCCGGCAACGUCCAGGUCUUCUGGGCCGGCAAGAAGGAGACCGAGCUCAAGACACUCGACGACCUCACCGACAAGACCAGAAUCGCCAAGGCCGGCUUCUCCGACGAAUCCUUCGCCCUCCCCGCAGACAAAAGUGUUGUAGACCCCGACUUCGGCCUCAUUGACAAGGGCAAUUGGAUGACGGUCACACUGCCCGCAAACAUGGAGCCUGGCCGCCACAUGCUCGUCUGGCUCUGGAGCUUCAAGAACGAAACCGUCAGCAACGCGCCCCAGUGGAGCAGCUGCUUUGAUGUCAUCAUAUCAUAG